AUGUAUUCUGACCUGUAUAGGGGGCUUGGUCUGAAGAAGGAAGACCUAUCCAAGUAUGGUACUCCUUUAAUGGGGUUUGACGGCCGGAUGGUGAUCCUUGAAGGGCAGAUCUUGCUUCUUGUGAACAUGGAAGGCAAGGAGACGAUGGUAAUAUUCAUAGUGGUCGCCUCGUUUUCUCCGUACACAGAAAUUCUUGGAAGCUCAUGGAUUCACGUAAUAGGGGCAGUACCAUCCACCCUGCAUAUGAAGGUCAAGUUUCGCAUCGAGCAAGGUAUUGCCAUGGUAAGAGGAUCAAGUGUAGUCGAGGAAGAGAGGGUAGAGAUGUUGUUGUUUCUUGUACAGAACAUAGACAUGUUUGCUUGGAACCCGUAUGAGGUGCUUUGGGUGAACCUUGAGUUCAUAGUUCACAAGCUUAAUGUGGAUCCAUUAUGCCCUCCUAAAAAGCAGAAAUCGAGGAGAGCAGUUAAGGAGCAUGUUGAAGUCAUUAGGCAAGAGGUUAAGAAACUGAAGGAAGCUAGAGCUAUAAAGGAGAUAUUUUUCCUAGGUUGGCUUGAAAAUACCGUAGUGGUAAAAAAGAAGAAUGGUAAAUGGAGGGUUUGUAUUAACUUUACCGACCUUAACCGAGCAUGUUCGAAGGACUUGUUUCCUAUGCCAAAAAUUGAUUAG